AAAACUGAUGUCGCAUCGCGAUGAGUCUCAGAGUCUCUGCGACAAGUUUCUGAAGGUGUCAGAGGAGGACAGGCAGUUCAGAAGGGUUCUUUUUGCUUCUCAAGACAGUUGUUCAUCUAUGGCUUCUGGUUCGUCUCAAUCGCGUCCUAGGGGGAGUCUGGAUGGGCAGGCACUGGCUGAGAUGCUGCGCAAGCGCAAGAGGGAGUCCUCUACUGACGCUGCGUCAACGUCGUCUAAGAAGGAUACAGCGGUUGUCGUUCACUUGGACGACGAGCUGGACGUCGCGUCUAAGACGCGCAAGACUGACUUCAUAGCCCCCCCCAGACAAAAGCGGUCCUUCCUAUUAUGUGACCGUCCCAAAUGACUUCAUGUCGUUGGAACGGUCCAUAUGGCCUGAAGUAGACAGGUUCCUUUUUCCUA